CCGCAGCCACCGCGAGAAACCCUGUGUUUGCUUCCGUCUAGAUUUUCACCAAAAAAAGACAAACGCAUUCAGUUGGUGUGAUGUUUUUUGUUUUAACCUAAGCUCAGAUGUCUCUUUUACCAAGAGAGCCUGUGUCACAUUUACUUCGACUCAAUUUUAGAUGUUUUAAAGGACGAAAGAUAAAGAAAAGUAGCCGUGGAUGGCGCCGAGCGACUCACUGCCAGCGAGGUUUGGAGGCUCAAGUAAAAAAAGUAGCACGAUUUCGGCGAUGCAAGCGGCAUGAAACUGAAGUUUAGGGGGUUUUCUUGCCGUUUAAGUAAAAAAUGUGUUGGGAAAUGUUUGUUUUCUGUGUAGUUUUGGGGCAAAAUGUGGAGGAGAAAACACAAACGUAAGCCCACAUUUCCACCAGAGAGCAGAGCGGAGCUGAUGUUGACUCUCUACGGUUCUCAUGUGCCUUAUAAGUCCCGCCUCCUGAAGUGUAGUUGACAACUAGUCUCCAACGACGUGUAGACGACAGCAAACAUGGCAGAAGAAGCACCAGCAGCUGCAGGGCCGUCAAAAGCCCAGGCUAAACCCACAAAGAAGAAGACGGCGGCGGCGUCUAAAGGCAAGAGGGACGCCCUCAGUCUCCCCAAGCUGAUCGUCCAGGUGGUCGCCGAGUCCAAUGAGCGCAAGGGAACAUCGGUUGCUGCGAUCAAGAAGGCUCUGGGCGGCAAAGAUGUCGAUGUGGUUAAAUCCAACAAGCGGAUCAACACCGCUCUGGUCAACUUGGUGACGAACGGAGUCCUGUCUCAGACUAAAGGCAUCGGCGCUUCCGGCUCUUUCAAGGUGGCUAAGAAGGAGAGUGAGCCCAAGGCAAAGGUAGCAAAGAAGCCCGCAGCUAAGAAGACACCCACCAAGAAGAAGGCGCCAGCGGCCAAGAAGCCUGCUAGCAAGCCCAAGAAAACCACCACCCCUAAGAAGGUGAGGUCCUCCGCGAAGAAGACAAAGGCCAGUCUCGCUAAGAGUCCAGCGAGGCCAAAGUCCGCCGCAAAGAAGCCCAAGACUCCAGCCAAGAAGACAGCUGCCAAAAAGGCUCCUGCUAAGAAAGCUCCAGCUAAGAAGGCAGCGCCCAAAAAAGCUGCAGCUAAGAAGGCUGCACCCAAGAAGUCCAAGAAGUGAAUGGAAUGACAUUCAUUCUCAUCUUGCUUCAACCAAAGGCUCUUUUAAGAGCCACCACAACAUCCACUUAAGAGCAUUUCCCUCUCUGGUAUCUCGUUAUGUUCUAUACAGUAUGUGACUAUUUAAGUUUGUCUCGUCAUAAUGAAUACAUAUUGACAAA